AGGAAGAAGAUGCUAAGAUGGCGGCGAGUGAAGGGUUAACAGGAGGAGGCGUCAGCGAGUCAGUCUGGGUGGAGAAACACUCCGCGCUCUCAACUAAUUAACCGAGAAGACUUCAUCAUGAGUUACAGAGAGAUUCUCCUGCAAUAGUUUGUAUUUAUCAGCAAAGGCAUUUCCUCGGCUAGCCUGGUUAGCCUUGAGCUAACAUGAGUGACGUCAGUGAGCAGGCGCUGCUGGACUACUUCUCCGCUGGAGGGAACUCUGGAAAAGUCAGAAAUGCAGAUAUACUCAAGACAUUUAAGCCUUUUAUCGGUCACAGUGACCCGCAGUUACGUGCUAAGUACAGAGAGGAAUUCAAGCUCAUCAUUGACCGGAUUGCUGUGGUGAAGUCGGAGAAUGGUGAGAAGUUUCUCUUCCUGAAGAAGAAAUACCGGCAGCUGCUGCAAGAGCGAGGUGGCAGAGCAGACAUGAUGGAUGUGGCUGAGCAGAGACAUUCAAGUCCGUCCAGGACGCUGGCCGUUGCUCAGUGGGAAGUGACGGACACCUCCACCUGUCCUCCUCCGACCUCACCUCCUCCGUCUCAUCUCAAGGAUGCUGCAGAUGAACAAAUGUCCGGUGGAGAAGCGGAGAGCGCGCCAGAGUCGGAGUCUGAGCAAGACGAGGAGUCUACGGGAAGCAUGGGCUCUGCGGCCGUGGCUCUGGACCCAGUGGAGAAGGAGUGGAUCUACUCAGCGGCUGGCGCUCGAGUCCCCCAGCUAACUCAGCUGCUCCGAGAGGACCCCUCACUGGCCAACAAGAAGGUGAUCAUCACAUUUACGGCGCUGCACUGGGCCGCCAAACAUGGGAACCAGGACAUGGCUGCUCUGGUCGCUGAGGCGGGAGCCGACGUCAACACCAAAUCUGUGAGAACUUCGCCGCUCAAGAUCAUCAUUAUCCAUGCCUUACAUGGGACAUGUGAGUAUCUGGACCACGGCAACAAGACUGCCGGCUUCUCCUCGAUGAUGUCACUCCCCCAAACGGUCCAGCUGUGCAAACGCAUGACAGAAGCACCUUUCUUUGACAAAGUGUCGGGGAAGUGGUUGAGGCUGUGUUACCUUGUCAGAGUCCACUUGAGAUGUAUUUCUGCUCCACAGGGUUACACACCUCUUCACAUCGCAGCGCUACACGGUCAUCAGCACAUUCUUGAUCUGCUCGUGAGGACUUACGGAGCCAAAGAGAACCUGAGGGACUACAGUGGACAUCUCGCCGGCCAUUAUCUCAACAUCAAAGAAGCAGAGUGUCCGGAGGAAGAGUGCGAGCCGCCCUCAGCUUUUCAGGUGACUCAGGCCCGAGAGCGCAACAGGAACCGGAAGUUGGUGUCCUUGUUCCACUCCAAGAAGAAGUGGGGUUCAGCCGAAGACCUGGCUCCAAUAGAAGAAGAGCGGGCGUCGUCGCACCAGCUGGCCCUUCCGCCGUUCAGACCCAGGAAGUUCUCCCGCUGACCCGCACUGAGGUGCUGUUACACCAACACGUGCUGCAGCUCUGCUUACAUGCCGCUUCAAAAUUCACUUCUGCUAUUGUGUAACUGAUAAGCUUUUACAAUUUUUUACUGGUGCAAACUGCCAUGUCACCCGGAAGCUCAAAGUUGAAGCGCUGCAGUCGUGCAAGUCUGAAGUAAAACGAGAUUCCAGGGUGUAAAUAGUGGAAAAGAAGAAACCUGCAAGUGAAGGAAGAAAUACUGAAGUGUUGCUUAUGCUAAAAUGUGUUUGAUCUUGUCUUGAUUAGAACGGAGUUCCUCAUCACACUUCCUUGAUAUUCCGCUUAUCUUCACUUGAUAAUGUCUCGUUGCUCCUGACCAGACAACUGUUUACAAGUCUGUUAAUUAUAUUAAUUGUGUGACCUCAUGUAAAGGAAGAGCCUCCGGAACAACGCUGCACUAUAUUUAUGAUGUAUUUACAAUCAAGAAGGGUAUUAAACUGCAUUUUAUAUCAACAUGCCAUUGAUGCUGUUGUUGACUGAUCAAUACCAUCCAGCAGCUGCCUGGUGUCUCUGAUGUUCAGGGGUGGAGAGUGAGAAAUGAAAGUCAGUAUCGAUGCAUUUAAAGAGAAAUGAUUAUUUUAUUAACAGAGAAUUAAAAUGAAUAUGUCUUGAGAUAGAAUGAUUGAGCGCCACAGUCACAGAAGGUUAGAGUCAAAGCUAGCACGAGAGUCAAAGCUAAAAGUUGAAAAGACGACAUUUAUGUUCUCUUCAUAAAAGGAUAAAAGUUUACGGUGAGGAACUGAAAAGCGCUGGUGUUACUGACUCACUGGUCACUCAUUGUCCACUCCAACAUCAAACUGUCCUGGGCUCUGUUCCUGCCCAACUCUAGAACAACUUGCACUAAAGCUUCUUUUUCGUGCUCGCCUACAAUCCGGCCGCUUUCUUUAAGCCUCCUUUGAUCUGACUUUUAACUACCUGACUCUGACGGCUCCAGAUGGAGCAAAUAUGGGCCUGAAAACUCUCCAUACGGCUUUAACUCCUAAUUCCUGAUUAGCUGAAAAGGGCACCACUUGCUUUUGGGGUGCUGGAUAUCAGACGACACAGAGGGGAACACCGGCAAGUGUUUUUGUGCUUCAUUUUUGAAGCGGGGAUGUUGCACUGGGGGGAUAAGAGGGAGUUUCUGUAAUAGAUACUUAUCUUACUGCCCUCAAGCCCCUCAAACAAAGUCCCCCUCUGAAGAGAUUAUAACCCGGGGAGGGCACAUUAACUCUAAUCCCAUGCUUUGAGGCCUUGCCCCCCCAUACCACCCUCUGCCCCACUUAUUUCGACCCUUCUGUUGUUUGAGGGAGGGGGGUCACCUUGUAUCUGGUGCAUGUAUGAGCAGGGCCUGUGGCUACACACACACAGGAGUUGUGUAUGUGCAUGUGUGUGUUUGUGUGUGUGUGCUGUAGGGGGGGUGAUUCAAUAGCACGCUGACUCUAAUGAAAAGCAUUGAGGGGUGCAUACUGCUGUGUAACUGAUUCCUCUCUCUGAAGAGAUUAGGCGCUACAUUGUUGGUGCGGUUGCUCAUUUCCAUGAGAGCGCAGCCUCCCACCAGCGACCGCUCGCCUUUGUUAUUUUGAGUUGGAAAACACAGAGGCCCGAGUCCCCGGCUUCCUUGUCGCCAUUGUUUCACAAAUAGGCCAAAAUGUAGAUGUCACGUCACAGAUGCCCAAUAACCUCAUUAGCUGCUCUCCGUGAGCCCAAACACUCGCUGUAAUAGACGUGUGAACUUCAGUUUGUUCACAUCAGACGGCGAAUUAAGAUUGCACUUUGUUUUCACUGGACGUAUAAUCCGAUUAUGGCAACAAUAACACCAUCUCUGGGUAUCUCGCCUUCUCCUUUAUGACUUUCAUUUUACGCAGUGCAUUGGGUGAUUGUGGCAAAGACACCGGUGUUAUUAAUAAUGUUAUUAAUAAACACCAGACAAGUCUGCCAUGCUUGGAUGAAGCCUCCAAACACCUGAUAAAGGGCCACUUCUUCCUGGUAGACUGAACCCAGAGCUUCCCCAAACAGUGGCGGAACAUAUUUAUUAUUACAAUUUUGUUUUCCAAGCAGCAUGCAGGUAUCUACUAGCACCUAAUCUGCUAGCUGCUGGCGGCUUGUUUAAAAUGCUUAUUACUCAGAAUUGUAUUGCUUAUGCUUCUGUUGUCGUUGACGUACUGAAAGUUGACUUUUUUUUUCGUAUUGAUUGUUGAAUUUUUCCUGAACGAAGUUCAGAAUUUGUUGUUGUAGACUGAAGGAGGCCCUGAGAAGGAGCCCAGAGGUUCUCCGGGCAGCACAGUCCAGUCUGAACUGGAGCUCAACAGUUAGCGCCCGUCCACGCUGAGGAUCCAACCUGCAGCGAGUUAACCAGCUUAUCAACUACAUGGAUCUCAAUGGGAAGCAGCGUCCCAGCGGCUCAGGGUUCGAUCCUGACCAGCACCAGCAGCUGUCGCGCCAGCCCGCUCUACCUCGCCAAUGCCGCCUGUCACUCACCCAGCAGAGGCCGUCAAUCAAGCAGCACCCAGGAGGGGUCUGGUAGGCGGGCCAGCGGCCGGGCCCAGACAAAGCCUCACUCACAUUUGCAAGUGGUUUCAGCGCCACCACUGUUUUGGAAGAAUGAUAGAGUGGCGCUGAUAAGAGUAAUGACAAAGGAGUGCGGGUGUGGGGGGGCCCAGGCUCUGGAGCGGGGGGUCAGAUAGUGGAGAAGUGGGAGAUUUUGAUAAGAUUCACACUUUGUUUACAUCCCCACAUUUGUGCUGGUGACCCCAGAAAUCCCAUUAGGCAGGAAAAUUGUAGUUCUGGUCGCGGAUCUGAUCAGAUCUGUUAUUGUCAUGUAAAUGUUGAAGAGGCCUGAUUCUGCCUGCAAAACACAGGGGGAGGAAAUUUUCAAGACUUUAUCUCUACUCUGAUAUUUGCCUCUCAUCGGGUGGAGAUUACAGUUUUGAGAUGCGUUCACUCCCAUUAAAUGAAGUACACCACUACUUUUAGGACUUGUGUUUUUAUGUUUCUAAACUUUCAUUGUGUCUCCCAUAAACCACAGUUUUCUGUUAUAAUUUGUUCAUUUACCCAACCCUGAAACAAACCCAUCACCUGUUUACUUUUUUAUGAAGUUGGUGAUAAGGUGAUAAUAUUUCUUGAUUUGAUUUUCCUUGUCUGAUACUUCAGUUGCCACAAACUGGACUGGUGAUUUUCUUUUCUUUUUUUU